GAAAGGAGUGAGCAAAGGGACAAGCAGUUUAGAAUUCUUGUGUGAUUCGUUUGUUUCUCUUUCUCUCUCUCUUUUUGUUUGUCAAUGAAUUAUUUUUUUCUCCACCCUCUAGUGUUCCUCCUCUUCUACUUAAACUGAGAGCAACCACCUUCACAACCACAAAAAGGAGAGCCAAGAAAGAGAGAAAACAGAUCCUUUAUCUACCACUCUACUACGCUCUUUCACCUGAUCACAACAUUAAAGGGCCAAUCGCUCAAACAAACAAGAGUUAAAUGGAUAUAUCAAGUUCGCAAUACAAUAGUGCUGAUGAAUCUGGUUGGACACAUUACUUGGACCAAUCCUCUCUCUCUGAAAGUUAUUUCCAGAGGAGAGGUGGGAUAGUACACUAUGAAGGAAAGGGGGCUACAAUGGAGGAGGAGGAGGAGGAGGAAGAUUUAUCCAUGAUCUCUGAUGCUUCUUCUGGUCCUCCUCAUUACCAUGAAGAUGAUGAUCAACACAAUUGUGUAAAUUGGUAUUCUUCUUCUUCUCACCACACCAAAGAAUCAGAAAAAAAGAAGAAGAACAAGGUCAAAGAAUAUGGUAACAAUCAGCAUCCUUCAACCCUCGAUGACACUGCCAGUUCCCCUGUUCUUAACUGUGCUAAGAAGAAAGCCAGUUUCUCAGGGAAUGGAGCAGUGGAGAAUGCAGUGGAUUUCCCUCCAUGCUUCUCGGGAACAAAAGUAAAGAGAAAAUCUAAAUUCCAAAAGCACUUCAGUUUCUUUGAGCGUUCUGGAAAACAAACUUCAGAGGAACCAGAUGGUUUCAAUGAAGGAAGGAAAUGACAAUUUUACCUGUGGCUUUUGCUUCUACUGUGGAAAGAAAGACUGGGGGAUAUCAAAGUAGAUGCUGUUCAAUGACAAAUAGAACUCCUUUUUUUAAAAAGAAGAAAAAGGAAUGUCUCUUAUGUUGUAAUGUUACUGUUUUUUGUAAUUUUACUGUUCUUUUUAGUGGGUGCUGUGUUAUACUGCCAAUGCAGUUUGGAACAACAUAAAAGAAUAUAAGAAACUCUAAGAGGUUUCUGAUUCCAUUUUCUUUGCUGCCAUCAGUCUCA